UCGUAGGGGGAGUGAUAAAAGGAAGAGGCAGGGCAGGGGGGGACCUGGGGAGGAAGGCACUGACCACAACGUGCCCAACCAGUAGCCUUGCCUCCCGCGGUCAUUAACCUUGCUGGGAAAGGCAGGGAAAGCUCCACGGCAAGGCUUGCCAUUCAGAGAAUGUGAGCCACGCCAGAAAGACCCACUGCAGACACGUUUCCGGCAAGCGGCUCCUUCGCGGCGAAGUGGGAUUAAAAGAACGCGGGUCUCCCUUGCGUUGCGCCCAUCCGCCGAGAUGAGAUUCCCGCAGCUCCUUUUGAGCUGGGUUUUGCUGUUGACUGGGUUGCUUCUGGUCCAUGGACAGAGGCCAGCAAACUUGGCCAACAGACGAAAACUACACAGACAUCACUGUUCCCACAGGAGAUGCAUGCCCCUUCAUUCCAGAGUGCCCUUCCCUUGAGUUUCUUCAAAAUGCCGAGAAAAAGAAAUAGGCACAGAAAUCCAGACGACAUUUUGAUAACGGCACAGUUAUAAUCUACAGAGAUCUCCCAUAAGCCAUCAUCAGGAAACAGAGAAAUCAUAGGAGAAAACUGUUGGAGCAGGUUUUCCUGGAACUUGGGGAUUCUUUAAGAAGGAAGAAACAAUUAUCAACCAAAAGAUCUUAUCUAGAAGCACUGGAGAAUCAUUGUUGCAGUAUACUCACAACUUUUCUUGGCAUGUCAACAUAGCAAUCUAGUAGCCAGAAAGCAAACACUGCAAUGUUAGACAAAUUAUGUCCUUGAAAAAGCUUUUGCUGUAUUAAGUGUCUCUUACUCAUGUAUCUUUUAACACUCUUAUUAAAAAAUAUGCAAGAAUGAAAUUAGUAUUUGAUAAAACAGUAGGCCUCCUUAAAGCCACAUUUAGUUUCACUGUUGCUUGAAGACCAUGUUACUUUCUUUUACUCCUUUUGCAUCCAAAAUUUUCUCAGAACAUCACUCCUUAGUGUCUUGGCCUACUAUUCCAGAAUUUUCAACCGCAGCAUGUCAACAAAGGCCAGGUUAGAUAAUCUGGCUAUUUUUGAAAGAGGAAAUUCUCAAAUAUUAACUAAAAUUAACAGAAAAGGCUUACAAGCAUGUUUGAACCUUAAAAAAAAAAUCACUUAUAUCAGUGGAAAUGCACUGCGUGAUAAGGCUUUGUAUGAUCAAGUACUUAUCAAUAUUGUAAUGUAUAUCUUGCCAUAAAGUAGUCCUUGAUACAUUUGUAGCAAUUUAACACUACAAUCAAUUUAGAUUAUAUAUUGUGAUUCAAUAAUUUCUUAAAGCAUGUUUGUAACUGUAUAUGUUGUACAAAAUGUAUUUCAAAUAGUACUGUCACAUUAAAUAUUCAUGUAUCUUUUCA